UGUAUUUUCACCCCACCACCAAACUAAAUAUUGACUUUCAUAGACUUUAGGCGCGUCGCGUGUCAUUAAUUGACAACCCCCGACUUCAGCCCUUAUAGCGCAUUUGACGACAACGACAACAAUGACACUUAAAAUGCGCCGAACAUGACUACAUCUACCAAUUCCGAUGCCGAGCUUUUGACAGAGCACUUCGGGUACCCCCCUAUUAGUCUUAUCGACGACAUAAUCAACAGCGUUAACGUCCUCGCCGAGCGUGCCCUCAACAGCGUCGAACAAGGUCUAUUAAACGCGCCCCCCGCAACCAUCGGAUUUAAGCCCCCCAAAUCCUCCUCCCGCAAUGCACAAAAGCAACAACAGCAACAGCAGCAAGACCCGGCCGAGGCCGCCAAGACGGAAAUCGAGUCCGGGACGCACCAGCUGGAGACGCUGCUGUGCGCCAGCAUCGACCGCAACUUCGACAAGUUCGAGAUCUACGUGCUGCGCAACAUCCUGACCGUCCGCCCGCCCGACAUCCGCCACUGGAUCCGGCUGUCGCAUUACGAAGGGUUGGACCUCGCCGCCGCCGCCGCCGCCAACCCGUCCGACCAGGUCCCGAGCCUGGACAGCAUCAACCACCUCCGUCGCAAGCUGCGCGAGAGCAUGCGCCUCAACGCCCUGCUGACCGCCGAGCGCGCCCGCAACGAGAAGCUCCUCGCCGAGCUGCAGGACAUCGUCGGCGUUUCGGCCGCGCAGGUCAAGAGCGAGAAGAACACCACCACCACCACCAAUACAACAACAACGAUGUCAUCCCCCAACUCGCAGGCGCAGUCGCAGUCUCCGGCGCGUAAGAACAACAACAGCAACAAAAGCCCAUUCGCGUUCCUGCACCGCAAGGGCUCCCUCACGGCCGGCGGCUCCGAAGCCCCCCUCAGCACGACCACAGCCUUCACGCUCUCUCAGAUGCAAGCGCUGCGCGCGCUAUCCACGUCCCUGCGCACCAUCGCGCCGGACCUGGUUUCCUCCGCCCCCCCACCACCCCCCACCACCAAUGCUUCUUCUUCUUCCGAAGCCAUGGAUAUCGAUAGCGAAGACAGGAGCGGGAACGGGAACGGGAACGGGAACGGGGAAAAGAGUAAAGACGGCCGGAAGAGCUGGCGGCGCGAGCGUCUCGAGUACGUCGAAGGCGCGACGAGGCGGUACCUCGAGACGGUGGAGGGCCUGGAGCUCGGGCGGCACGGGGAGGUGCGCGACGGCGAGUGGCAGGGCGCGGGCCGGAAUUUGGCGAGGGAUGAGGUUGGCGGGUUGGAGGGGGUGGUUGGGCUCUUGGGAGGGGGGGUGGAGGAAGGACAAGGACAAGAAGGACAAGAAGGAGGAGGAGAAGGAGGAGGAGAAAAAGAAGGGAAUUCUACUGCUGCUGCUGCUGCUGCUGGUGGUACUGCGCGGAAGACAAGAUCUUCGUCGAGAGACGAUCGGAUGGACGAGUCAUGACGAUGAAGAAGGAACCCUCUCACGUUACGUUUUGUAUACACGUCGACGGCAACGGCUAGCACUGCUGUGGCUACUGCUGCUGCUGCUUAUGCUCAAAUAAGCGUCCAAGGAAAGGAGUCUGGAGUUCUCUGAGAUCUUAGUCAAACAGUUUAAUUGGAAUCAUUUCG